AUGGGCAAAGUAAAUUAUUAUUAUUCCAGUGUGACAGGCAACCUUGAGAUGAAGAAACAACAGCAGAGAAUCGAAAUGAUCCUCGACAGCAAGAAGAUAGAUUAUGAGAGGAUUGACAUUGCAGCGGAUGAUGGUGCUAAGGCUAAAAUGAGGGAGCUAGUAGGAGACCCCAAGGCAUUGCCCCCACAAAUUUGCAACGGAGACCAAUAUUGCGGGGAUUUUGAGAAGUUCGAGGCAGCAGUUGAGAGUGAAGAACUUGAGGCCUUUCUCAAACUGUGCUGA